CACCGGGAAGCUUUUGGCAGCAGCAGCAUGUAUUGCAAGUUGUACAAUCCCAAGCUGAACCCUGAACCAGACUGACUCUGGACCAAGCCUGCUACUAAGCGCACAGGGUGAGACUCACAUGGCAUCUCGAAAGACUCGCAGCAACUCGGAAGCCCGUACUAUAGUUCCUGUGCUGGAGAUCGGCGAAUGAGGGUAGUUUGCGGCAAGGUAUCGUCGGCCGAUUGAAGAGCGAGGAGUAGAAAUCGCAGGCGUUGGCGGCAAGGCGUUGAUGUUGACAAGAUAUGGCGGGGUUGAAAGGAGGACCGCCAAGUGAGUUAAGGUGCUGGCUUGGGAUUGAAAGGCGCAGCCGGUGAAGAGGAUAGGCACCAGGCGGGCCGUCGGAGGGGUCGUGAUGAUGACAGCGAGAGACCGACGUAGGACGGAGGGAGGAGGAGAGAAAAGGAGGAUUUUACUAUGAUUUUUCGUGGGGAAAAUGAAGGUUUGGCGAAGGUAUCUUCAGCUUCAAACGGACAGCUGGUGGAAGACGUGACAGGAAAGUUUGGCGAGUUACAGUGGCAGGGACGUACCUAAACGGUACCUGCCUACCAUGCCACACGAUCACCAAAUGAAGCGGCCUACGGGCGGGACGGGUCAUUCUAACCGCUACCAUCCAUUGCCAACCAGGGGAAAGAGCGGGCAGCCCUCAUGUGUGGCUAGUGGGAGUCGAGUUACCUAAGGUAGGUGGACCUGACCACUGAUGUGGCUGUGCAGUGCCGAACUCGCCCGAGGUGCUUACAGAGAGGUACCUACACUCAAUUACCAUUACGAAUAAGGAUGGUGGGGGAUAUGACGCUUUUUUGUAACAGAUAAGAAAUCAAAACCUCUCAUUGCUCGCUACUUAAAAUCCCAUCUGACCGUAAAACAAGGCCGUCGCUUGUAUUUCAGCUUCCAUCCCACUGUUCAUUGCAAAGCGCAACCAUGAACUAUCCCAUGAGAGAUAAAGCUGCUCACUUCAAACGGCCUCUGGGACCAGACCAGAACACGGCCAACAUACCAAUUAUUGAUAUUUCUGCUCCUGAUGCCGACCAAAAAGAAGUUGCUAAACAGCUUGUCGACGCUGCUGAAGAGCAUGGGUUCAUUUACAUCCGCAACAUGGGCCAUGACAUUCAAGCUAAGGACAUUGAUGGGGCGUUUGAUCUUGUCAUAAAGACAUUCGAAUGCCCCUUGGAAGAGAAGCAAAGGUGCACGAUUCAGACCAACAACCGGGGGUGGUCUGGCAUGCACUCCGAAACACUGGACCCUAAACAUCAAAAGGUCGGAGACUUCAAAGAAGCCUUCAACUUUGGCGAGUUCGCUGAUGGGAAAGCUCAACAGCCUCUCCCAUCUGACCUGGUUCCCGAUGAGCCUCAGAUAAGUGCUUUUGCUAACUCCUGCCAUGACCUCUGCCAGAAACUUCUUUACCUGCUUGGUCUAGGUCUCGGUGUCGACGAUUUCUUUUCCUCUGCUCACAACACAGAAAAAGGCGCUUCGAGCUCUAUCCUUCGUUUUCUGCGUUAUCCACCCCCGGAAUCUACUGCACACUCCGAAGAUGACAUUCGUGCUGGAGCUCAUUCAGAUUACGGCUCUAUCACUCUCCUCUUCCGUUUAAAGGGACAAGCAGGACUCGAAGUUCUCAGAAAGGAUAACGUCUGGGCACCUGUUCCUGUGUCUCCCGCUGGCACUGAGCAAGACCCCAGCCCGCCCAUUCUCAUCAACAUCGGCGACCUGUUGUCAUACUGGACGAACGGGCUGUUCCGCAGCACUGUACACAGAGUUGUCUUCCCCUCAGAAGGCAGCUCCGGGGUACAGGGGGAGACAAGCAAUGGGCCAAGAUAUUCAAUCGCAUACUUUUGUCACCCUGUCGGGGCCGUACCUCUUGAGCCUGUCCCUAGCGAAAGAGUAAAGAACUUUACUCCUUCCGAGGGAGUGUCCAGCGAGAACCCUUAUGCUACAAGAAAGGUCAUGACAGCCGAUGAGCACCUAUUUAUGAGACUCAAGGAGAGUUACGGCGAUCUGUAUGAGGAAAAAUCAUAGUUAUAUAGUUACAUCACACAUGAUAGGACAGCACAAUCGUUUUAUCGAUAUAGUGGUUUGUUAAUCAUAAACUAGUGUGGUCUGCCGGCCGUGUGUUUUGAUCCCGGAUUUCCCAUCACUGGGUUCCUAAUUUUAGAUAGUAUGAAGCUUCCAACGCAUGCGCCAGUCAGAGAACCCGUGAAAGUAUUUCUCUUCGA